AUGUCCCCUCCGUUUGAUGUUCUUUUAGAGCUUCCAGGCCUCAUCCAACCUCAUGCGACCAACAGAAAGCUAUAUCUGAGAGUGGUGCUAGUAGUACAUAGGCCAAUAGAAAUUGACACCUUUACUUUGAAUAUCAAAGGUGUUUCGAAGUUGACGUCCAGAGGUGGCAAGGUCGAUAAAGAAGAAGUGUUCGCCACGGGCACAUCCAAUCUCUUGACUGGAAGAGAGACAACAUACGACGAAGGUACUUACACUUUUGAAUCCACGUUUAUGUUUGCAGACAUAAGAACAUUUCUUCCCUCCCAGCAGCUUCAAAUGCCAGAUGGAGUGGUUUCCACUUUUGAGUACGUGCUCAGGGCAACCUGUAAGACGGUUGAUGAAGUCGAGAUGGAGGUGGUAAGGCCCGUACAAAUCAGACCAGCCUUGCAAGACUUGCUGUUGGAUACCGAAUUUUUUGCAUCCACCGAAACUCGUCCACCUUGUGUCUCGACAGAAUUCACUCGUACACUUGGUAAGGCCAAGAGGGACAACAUAAUCACCAGAGCCAUCACAGAUGUGCCUUUCCGGAUUGAAUUCGCUUACAACCGCAAGUAUCCAGACCUCCAGUUCACUUCUACAGAUAAUGUCUACUAUCAAAAGGAGAACUUGGCUGACUUCAUUGACGUCUACAUCUAUACUCCAUUUUCAAAAGCUACCAUUAUGAAGCUGUAUCACGGGAAACGUUGGAGAAAGACAGCAUUGUUGGCUCCUACCUUGAAGCUACUGAUGAGCGAUGUGAAUUUGAAGCAGCGGUUUGUACGUGAAGGUAAGACUGUUGAGGGACACUCGCUUGUGUACCCAUUGCUUGAGCGUGAAAACUACAUGGCCGUUGGCCUUGAAAAGUUUGAGGAAGUCAAGAGGACUUUUCCAUGGACCAACGUCAAACAACAAGGUCUUCUUACGGACUAUGAGUACCGUUUUAAGCUUCCUAAUCGGUUGUUGAGAUGUUGUCUUGAUACACUGGCCCAAUCGUACUACAAUAAGCUUUUGAGUCUGUACAUUACGCUAUUCAUCAAGUUUGAAAUCUCCUUCUUGCCUGACCUUCCAGACCAGCUGAUUGAAUUGGAAAGCCGGAUUCUCUUGUUGCCACAAGACAGAAAGAGACUUAGGCAGAUUGAGGAGGAACGUGGCAUUCGGUGGUAUGAUACUGAAAGACCAACGGUGUUGCCUCCGUACACGAAGGAUGAUGAAAAGAGAAGUGAUCAGUUUUGGUAA